AAACGUCCAGUGCAACCGAUUCAGCGUUCAGUGUGUUUUCGUAUCCAUUACGAGUUACUAAAGUCUGUGGUCAAUUUCGUAUUAAUACGUUAUAUAGAUACAUUUUUUUCGAACGUCAUAUCAUACCAAGGUCGUCUCAUCAUCUUCAAUACACCAUCCUCGUCAGCCAUCCACACCGUCGUAGUCAUCAUCAUGUCGGUCAUCGUAUCGUAUCUGCCGGCGUUGUUGCUGUUGUCGGCCGCCGUAGCCGCGCGAUCGGGUCAUUCCGUUCACGAUCCGACCGAAUAUUACAGCGAGCCCAACUACCAUUUCAACUACGGCGUCAAGGACUUGCACACCGGUGACCUGAAGAGCCAAUGGGAGCACCGGGAGGGCGACGUGGUCAAAGGGUCGUACAGCCUGAUGGAGCCGGACGGUUCCAUACGGACGGUCGACUACACGGCCGACAGCCAUAACGGGUUCAACGCGGUGGUGUCCAAGACCGGCCACAGCGUCCACCCGGUCAAACACCGCCAACACGGCGGCGGCGGCAGCAAACAGCAACACGAACUGCGGCAACCGUCGGUGCUGCAGGCUUACAAGCAGCAACCGGCUGUCCCGGCUUACCAGGCGUCCGUGCUGCAGAAGCAGAAGCCGGCGUUCGUGGCGUACAAGCAGGCGCCGCCGUCCAAGUACCCGCCGUCGCUAAGUCUGUACCGCGGUUUCUACGGCAAGUCCUCGCCGACGGCCACCGCGGCCGCCGUCAACUACAUGGCGUACCCGAACGGUCUGCUCCAGGAUUCCGCCGCGGCCACGGCCGCGCCCAAGUACUACACUGCCGCCGCGGCCGCCGCUCCGCAGUAUUACGCCGCGUCGCCGGCCGAUUACGACGUCCAAGCCAAAGCCGAAGCCGAAGCCGCGCCCGAUUACUAUUACAUCACGUCGGCCGCGACUCCAGCCGACGUCGAAUCGCUGCCGCCGUCGGCCGCGUCGCCGUCGCCGAAACCGGACUCGGCCAAGUCCGGUCCCGUCCUGUUCCCGGCCGACAACGUCACGGCGGCCGCGUCCGACCGGCCUUCGCCGCCGUCGCCCACGCCGAUCACUCUGCUCAAAUACGAACCCGCGGCGGACAACAACGGCGGAAACGGUGCAGGCCAACCUCUGUACGCCGACUACAACUACUACGCAUAGAUCCGUCGCGAGUAGUAUAUAGUGUUAUGACGAUAUUAUUAUUAUUAUUAUUUGCCUCUCCCGUCUUCCUGCCAAAAGAGAUUUUUUAUAUUUUUUAUCUAUAGACUUAUCGAUUAGAGGUAUACGCGAUUCAACUGCGCAGCGCGUACGGUGCACUCCAUUUAUUCCCGCCAUUUCCGGACCCGAUCGCGUGAGGAAGAUAUUUUAUUUUUCCACACUUACACGGGACAACUCUUUUUUCGACGACCCGUCUUAUUAUACUGUUGUAACGUAUAAUAUUAUAUCAUAACGAGUACACGAAAUCGCGUUAUGUCCGCUCCAACGGACGAAAUUAUACGCGCGUCACGAUGUAUUAUUAUUAUUACCCGCUACACUGCAGUACAUAUAUCGUGAAAGUCCAGUUUUCAGAAAAAAAAAACCGCAUGUUUGUAUGUAUAAUAUAACAUAGUAAAAUAACACGUACUCGCUGUAGGUAUACUCGUAAUAUUGUUUGCUUUCUAUAUAUAAUAUCCGAGUUAUGCGUAUUCUCCACGUUGCUUCACAUUUCUAUACGUUUUGACCCGUACGAGUUAUUUGAUUUUUUUACUGUACGAUAUAUAUUAUAAUUUUUCGAAUCAAAAAUACCGUCUGCAAACGAACCACAACACUUUAUAAUAACGCGUUUGUCGGACAUAACCCUAUACACGCGUGUUAUAUUGUUAUACACCUUAGUGCAACCAAAUAUUUGUAAUUAUUAUUAUUAUUAUUAUGUGUAUUUUAGAUUUAGGACAUUACUAUAUAGUCUAUGUAACGAAGUGCAAUAUUUGAUUUGAUCUUUUUCGUGUUUAUUUAAUGUUAAUAUUAUUAUUAUUUUUUUUUUUUUUGUAU